CAAGUUGGUCCUGAAUCUUGAUUAUAUAUUUGUCAUUCUUGUGUGUUAUUUAUCAAUAUGCAAAUUGCAAAUCAACGUUGAAAACAAUAUCAAUCUGCUCCAAUAAUCGUGUUCAACAGUAUCAACACUAAAAUAAAAUCAUCUGGGAAUAACAAGUGGUUUGAACCAAGUAACAUCACGUGUUUUGGGUCUGGGUUUUAUCCCAGUAAUAUCGUGUUGUGAUCCAGGGCAUGAAUGUAGAUGUGACGCCGAGGCGAUGACACUCAAUCACCGUCUGCUGACGUCACCCCGGGUCCCUCAGGACUCGACUGACUUCCAAAUCUUAUAUCCAGUAUCAACUUUACCUCCAUCUUAUCAACAUUUGAAAAAUAAAACAAUACAAAGAAAUUUAUUGUCAAUAAAAAGGUAUGAAAGAUCGUUCACGUAUCAACGAUCAAGAACAAGGGAUGUCUCUGGACGAAGUGCAGGGUCUACUUGCACCAUCAUCUCGUUUAGGUAACCGGGGUCCAUUAAAUGUCACAAUUGUUAAAGUGGGUGGUGGUAAUGGAAGCAGUGGAGGAAAUGAAUUUCUCGGACUCGACUCAACUGAAUUGAAACCAAUUCCAUCACCACUAUCCGAGACAAGUGUAACACUUCCAUCAGAUAAUAAUGACACUGUUACGAGUGGCGUUGAUCCACGUUUGCUACUGACUGGUGUUGGUGGUGGUGGUGAUCGUGCUGCGUGGGAGGGUCGUUACCACGUCAAGGAACAUAGACGUGCUGGAAAAGCAACAUUCCAGGGUCAGGUAUACAACUUCCUGGAACGACCAACUGGCUGGAAGUGCUUCCUAUACCAUUUCUCUGUGUAA